CUCCGGUCGGCACUGGCGAUCGGUUGUGUAUUCUGGCCCACCCAUCCAAGUGGAGCGAGCUUUCAAGCUUAUAUCGCUAGCGAUACAUUCGUGGUGUUUCUCCAAGCUUCCAAGUCGGGUCUUCACUAUGACCAGUUGUCGUCGCAAUCGAAAGCUGACGAUGGCCGUAAGUGGAUGUCUGAUAAUUGCUGUGAUGGCCCUCACCGUCGGGCUUUGUGUGGGACUGGGCGGUGACACCGACGCCCCCGAGGAACAGCAAAGGUUUACGAUCGACCAUGAGGCCAACACCUUCAUGCUGGAUGGCCAGCCCUUCCGGUACGUCUCUGGAUCGUUCCACUACUUCCGCGCCGUGCCCGAGUCCUGGCGAAGUCGGUUGCGCACCAUGCGAGCAUCUGGUCUUAAUGCUCUGGAUACCUAUGUUGAAUGGUCGCUCCACAAUCCCCACGAUGGAGAAUACAACUGGGAGGGCAUUGCGGAUGUGGUCAAGUUCCUGGAGAUUGCUCAGGAGGAAGACUUCUAUAUCAUUCUCCGUCCGGGUCCCUAUAUUUGUGCUGAGCGAGAUAAUGGUGGUCUUCCUCACUGGUUGUUUACCAAAUACCCGUCCAUCAAGAUGCGGACCAAUGACCCCAACUACAUCUCAGAGGUGGGCAAGUGGUAUGCGGAGCUGAUGCCACGCCUCCAGCACCUGUUCGUGGGCAACGGCGGCAAGAUCAUAAUGGUGCAGGUGGAGAACGAGUACGGUGACUAUGCCUGCGAUCACGACUACCUCAACUGGCUGCGAGACGAGACGGAGAAGUAUGUGUCCGGCAAGGCGCUGCUCUUCACGGUGGACAUACCCAACGAGAAGAUGAGCUGUGGAAAGAUCGAGAACGUGUUCGCCACCACUGACUUCGGCAUCGAUCGCAUCAAUGAAAUUGACAAGAUCUGGGCAAUGCUGCGUGCCCUGCAGCCGACUGGUCCACUGGUCAACUCGGAGUUCUAUCCCGGCUGGCUAACCCAUUGGCAGGAGCAGAACCAAAGGCGUGAUGGCCAGGAGGUAGCCAAUGCACUAAGGACAAUUCUGAGCUACAACGCCAGUGUUAACCUCUAUAUGUUCUUUGGCGGCACAAACUUCGGGUUCACUGCUGGUGCCAACUACAAUCUGGACGGUGGCAUCGGAUAUGCGGCAGACAUUACCAGCUACGACUACGAUGCGGUGAUGGACGAGGCCGGUGGCGUCACCACGAAGUACAACCUUGUCAAGGCUGUGAUUGGCGAAUUCCUUCCGCUGCCGGAAAUCACCUUGAAUCCCGCUAAGCGCCUGGCCUACGGAAGGGUGGAGCUGACACCCAAGCUGGCACUGCUCUCGACGGAAGGACGUGCGGCGCUCUCCAAGGGUGAUCCCGUCGAAUCGAUCAAGCCCAAAACCUUCGAGGAACUGGACUUGUACUCGGGCCUCGUCCUGUACGAGACCGAGCUGCCCAGCAUGGAUCUAGACCCAGCCUUGCUGAAAAUAGAUCAAAUUAACGAUCGCGCACACGUAUUCGUAGACCAGGAACUGGUGGGCACACUCUCCCGCGAGGCACAGAUCUACUCGCUGCCGCUUAGCAAGGGCUGGGGCAGCACACUGCAACUGCUGGUGGAGAACCAAGGACGCGUCAACUUCUACAUCUCCAACGACACGAAGGGCAUCUUUGGUGAGGUGAGCCUGCAGCUGCACAAUGGUGGUUACCUCCCGCUGGAGAACUGGCGCAGUACCGCAUUCCCGCUGGAGCAAUCCGCCGUCGACCUCUGGCGGCGCGAGCACACUGACCAGAAGGCCUUGGACCCGCUGCUGGCAAGGCAACGCAUUCUUCGAAACGGACCCAUCCUCUAUACUGGCAGCCUGACAGUGGCGGAGGUGGGCGACACCUAUUUAAACAUGGCCGGUUGGGGCAAGGGCGUGGCCUAUGUGAACGGUUUCAAUCUGGGACGCUACUGGCCUGUGGCAGGUCCACAGGUCACCUUGUACGUGCCCAACGAGAUACUGAAAGUGGGUGAAAACUCGCUGGUGAUCCUUGAGUACCAACGAGCGAAUAAAACAGCAACUGGCGAGGAUCUACCUGCGGUGCAGUUCGACGCAGUUGCUCAGCUAGACGGAGAGUCAGGUGAUGUCCCACUUAAAUGAUGAACCGUGUAUGUAUUGUUAUUUCGUAUUUCUUUAUUUGAAGCGUUUUUGAUUGAUACUUGUGUCAACAACCUUCGUUAAGCUUUAUUAUAAAUUUUCGAACUCUUAUAAAUCUAUGUUUAUAUACGCCUUAAUAAAUGCUGUUGAUCUGUGCUUGACUGACUCUUUUCGAUCUCCAGCUUAUUUUCAAUUGACUUUUUAGCGUUACCAUUAUAGCAGAAUGUUAACUUUUUUGCUUUUACACAUUAUUAAUCGUACUAUGUUCGUGAUUUUAUUGGCUUACUAUUUUAACAUUGCACAGGGAAAUUUGGCCAGAUAUUUAUAAAGAAAAGAUAUAUAUUUUUAGUCAGGUUUCAAUUUUGAUCAAACCCCUUUUUUGAGCAGUGUAUAAACUAUGAACUGCAUUACUCUCUAGCAUAGCUACCAUAAAAAGUAAACUUUUUAGAUAUCCAAAAAGUGUAUUAGCUGUCUCAUCUGGCCAAUUGCUCAAAUGCAAGUGUACAUACAAGAUUUUUGGGCAUAAUUUGUAUCAUUAAUAACAUUCUAUGUACUUAUGGUAUUUAAUGUAAAAGCAUUUUAUUAUAUCUAUCGUCUUUUUGAGCAUUACAGCAAUGUAGGCGUUGAGUUUCGACUUCUAUUCAGGUUUAAUAUUGAAUAGCAAUAAAAGUAUGAACUGUUAUAAAUAUAAGUUUGCAGACUGAGUUUAAACAGUUUAGGAAAACGUUUGGAUACUGUUAGUUAAAUUAGCUAUCGUUUUAAUCUGACUAAGAUUGGCAAAUUCUAUAGUUAUCCAAGUGUCAGUUCACUGGACCUUUCAGCUAUUUGGAGAACACAAAAACGUAAUACUCUUUACGGGGCAGUGUUGUUUUUAAUCUCCAUUACUUUUGAUUAGAAUGUUUGCGAAA